CAAGGAAAGGGGUGGAUGUCGGACGGGGUGCCUCUGAGAAAGGAGAGCCCGGCGGGGGCUGGGCCCGGAGUCGGGGACGAGGGCUCUGGGCGGUGGGCACUGGGAGAUGGAGGGCUGAUUCGAACCCUGGCCACAUAGAAGGGAUGGGGUGCCGGGCGACGCGGGUGAAUGGCUGGGGAGUCCGAGGAGAGCGACGGGAGGAGCUGGGGACCGGCAGGGCAGGGAUCUGAGGGUCAUGGGGGCACGGAGCUGGCUUGGCCCAGGCCGGGUGAGACAAAGGCUGGAGGGCUGCAGGAGCCGCCGCGGAGCGGGGGGUGCACACGUGCCGGGGCCGCCCCACAGGCGCCCCGCGUGUCUGCUGCUCCGACACUAAGGGAGAUGGAUGGGGUGGGGGAGAUGCGGCGCGGAGCCCCGGGCAGCUCCCGGCGCAGCCACCGCCCCCGCAGCGGAGGGUCGGGCGGGGAGUCCGGCGGCAGAUAAAGGGGCCGCGAGGCGAGAUGACAGCGCAAGCGAAGGCGGCGGCAUGAGCGCGGCAGACCCGAGUCCCGCUGCGGGCGCGGCCCCCAACUCGGACCAGGGCCGGGCGGCGGUCGCCUCCGCCUACCAGCGCUUCGAGCCCCGCGCCUACCUCCGCAACAACUACGCGCCCCCUCGGGGGGACCUGAGCAGCCCAGACGGCGUCGGGCCUUGGAAGCUGCGCUGCUUGGCGCAGACCUUCGCCACCGGGGAGGUGUCAGGACACAGCCUCAUCGACAUCGGCUCAGGCCCCACCAUAUACCAGCUGCUCAGCGCCUGCUCCCACUUUGAGGACAUCACCAUGACGGAUUUUCUGGAGGUGAACCGUCAGGAGCUGGGGCUCUGGCUGCGGGAGGAGCCCGGGGCCUUCGACUGGAGCGGGUACAGUCAGCACGUCUGCCUCAUCGAGGGCAAGGGUGAGUCCUGGCGGGAGAAGGAGCGCCAGCUGCGAGCCCGGGUGAAGCGGGUCUUGCACGUCGAUGUGCACCAGCCCCAGCCCCUGGGUGCUGGGAGCCUGGCACCCCUGCCUGCCGACGCCCUGGUCUCUGCCUUCUGCCUGGAGGCUGUGAGCCCGGACCUUCCCAGCUUCCAGAGGGCCCUGGACCAUAUCACCACCCUGCUGAGGCCUGGGGGGCACCUGCUCCUCAUCGGGGCCCUGGAGGAGUCAUGGUACCUGGCUGGGGAGGCCAGGCUGGUGGUGGUGCCCGUGUGUAAGGAGGAGGUGAUGGAGGCCUUGGUUCGCAGCGGCUAUGAGGUGCGGGAUCUGCGCACCUACGUCAUGCCUGCCUGCCUUCAGACAGGCGUAGACGAUGUCAAGGGCGUCUUCUUCGCCUGGGCCCAGAAGAAGGUGGGGAUGUGACGGCCCAGUGCACCCAGUGCUGGUGGCUCCCAUACACCCAGAUUCCCGGUUAUGUGAGGAGGCACCUAAUAAAGAAAUAAGUCCCUCCUGCUGAG